GACGAGGAAAGAGAGGAAGAGGAGGGAGGGAGAGAGGGAGGGAAGGGGGGCGUGGCACAGCUUGCUCCCUCUUUAUUAAGCGCUCGCACAAAUCAUUUUGGAACUGGAAUUGACGACAUCCGCUGUUCAACUUCUCAAGAGCCAUUUACCUCUCCGUUUUACGGCUUAAUUCGACUGAGACAUCUGAGCGCAUUGGCUUUUCACUUCUCCCCUCUAUGGUUCACUCGACACCACAUACUAAAUUUGCCUUACACGCUUAUUUCCACAUAUGAAUCUUUUAGCUCCUUUUAAGCGAUGCACUCUGUCAAUGGGUUUGUCAGGCUUCCCUCGCUGCUUGAAGGUGGUUCUGAGAAGUCGCACAAAAUAUAUUGUCAGAACUGCAAUAUCAAGUUGGACACGCCGGAGCAAUAUUUCCAGCACGUGCAAAAUAAGAAUCACAAAAUGAUGAUGAAGCGCCUCUCCAGCCAUGGUAACGGUAACUCAUCGUCUGACACGGGAGGAAGGAAAGACUGCGACCGCGCGGCGGCGGCGCUGGUUGAAAGUCUGACGCUGGAGAAAGGGAUAUUCAAGCAACUGGACAAGCGCUCCGUGCCAGGUGCAUCCAUGAUGAUGUUUUGGCACAGCUCGGAGGCCGCGUCCGAAGCCGAUUGCAUCUGUUGCGCUUGCCAGGAUGCUUUUCCGGCAUCGUUACUGAUAAAACACUUGGAUUCGCACAGGCACCUCCUGCACACUCUGUUGCAUCUAAAUCCCUGGCGGCUGCCGUUUGGUUGGCGACAAGUUCCGGAAAGGAAAUCGUUGCAGUCAGAGUUGGAGGCGGAGGAGAAGAAAAGAGGGUGGUGUCAGGUGGUUCUAAAGGUGAUGGAUUUUCCCUGCUCAGUGUUUCAAGACCUCAAUCCACCAAGUUACCAGAAAGUGAAGGACAAACUCGGGCGGCACCACGUUGUCAUGAGAUUGCUACUGUGCCAAACCUUCAGCCGACACCACAAACAUGGGACUUACCCACUUUUGGGGCGAAAUUUUAUUGUGUCGUACGAGGCCCACGACGCAGCCUGCAACUCCACCUACGAUUCGUUGCUGUGUCUGCUGUGUAGAAGGCGGCUGACGGAGCAAGAGGGUCACGCACACGCUUUCAGCUGGGAACACGUUGCUAUGUUUCUCGACCGUUUCCAUCCUGGCUCGCUGAUGGCCAAUUGCGGGCCAAAGAUUUUACUGGACCUUGCAAGCCAGGCUGCACGUAUUCACAGAAUAACGGAUAUACAGAAAAUCAAGUUGGAUCGGCCCAUCAAGGAACCUUGCGACUACGCCAGAGCGAAAAUAAUCCUGAGUGCAGCACUGAGGAGGACGAGCAAGGGUCCGCUUAUACCCCUCUUCCUAUCGCACGCACGGUUGGUCCCCAAAGGAACAUCAUUGACCUCUGAGAACAGCGUGACACGCAAAAUGACGGCGCUCCCUUCAAAGAUCCCCAGCAGAAAUCCCACUGACAGUAACGGGACCUCCGGACCCCAAAAGACUGUGAAUCAGACCGGACUCCGAAUUAGCGGCCAUGUUUUGACAUCCGCAAAAGAGGAAGGUGAGCGAAAGAGGCCGAUGGAUGCUCACGAUGACAAGAUUGGCUGUAAAAGACAACGAAGGGGCUCCAGAGAAAUGAUAACACAUGAAGAAAAGCCAAAGCUGAAAUAUGAGAAUUCGGACCAAAAGCAGACUGCGACCACCUCCAAAACAAAUCUAGCCAAGGCUGCAGUACCUGUGGCCGCCUGCACCGAAACCACCUCCCAAAUCACUGCAUUCAAGUCCACAACAUCGACCACCACUUAUACUUCAAAGGUCAAGACAGCGACGACAACCACCUCAAGUGCAAAUAGAACCGUGCAUUCCAACUCCUGCGCCCCAAAACUCGUAGCCCCUACUUCCAGUUUCACGAAAUCCUGCGGUGUUACGGCAACCUCCUUGAGUCCACCCCCAACCACAGCAAAGUCCAUUGCACCCUCUGCCAAUAGCUGCCAAUCCUGUAGAGAGAGCGCAACAUAUUCCACUGCGACUUCAAGCGUCAACAGAUUCACACCUACUGCCUGUAACGAUAAGUCCUGUGACGUGACCGCAGUAUACUCCGGUGCAAUUGCAACCACCGGAAAGUCCACUGCACCUGUUGGCAGUUUUAUUCCAACAUCCUCUGGAGUUGCGGCAAAGUCCCCAAGACUGAGCAGCAUCCAGGCUCUUCCAAUUUCUAUGGUGACUGCACCUUCAAAUCCAACCGCAGCCGUCAAAGGUGGAACCGCAACCAAGCACGUGGGAGUGACCGCCGCAACCACCACUAAACCCACAGCACCGAAUGCCGUUCAUGGCACGUCAACCUCUACUUUUAGUGCAUCUGCGACGACUUCCAGGCCCAGUGCAUCAGGCGCUCGCUGUGCCGUCUCGACCUCCAAGUUAAUAGCAUCUGACUCCAGCCCCAAAUCUUCAUUCACCAUGUCAGGAUUAGGCCACAUAGAACCUGAAGUUGGAUCUGGAAGAGAAGCCGUGCGACACUCUCACUUGGCAGCCGUAAAAAAAAAACAGAGCGUUUAAAUCGUCGGUCCGGUCUCAGGCCCAA